UACAUAUAUAUGAUAAUGUUUUAUUAAUCCCCCCAAUGAUAGAUGAAGAUGUAAUGUAAUUUCUCAGUGUUUAAAGAAUGCAGAUCCAGGAGUGACCUUUGCUAUAUUUAUAUCACUUGCAUGGCAGUUGUCAGUGUCUGUAUCUUUUCUUUUCUUACAAUUUAUGGUUUGUGCAAACAAUAUUCUCCUCCCCUCCCGUCCCCUCACCACCUCUCCUCUCCUCUUCUUUCCUCUCCUCUCCUCUCCUCUCCCCUCCAGUGACUGUUCAUCAUGACGGGGCUACUGCUCCUGUGUCUGCUCCUCCUGUUUCAAGGUCAGAGGUCAUCAGCGUGCCCUCACCUCUGCUCCUGUCAGGGUGGUCUGGUAAACUGCAGCAGCAGGUCUCUUACCUCCUCCUCACUGCCCACCAGUUUCCCUGCUUGGACCACAGAGCUCCAGCUCCACACCAACCUGCUGACCACCCUCCCUAACGGGCACCUGGACAACUUGAUCUCCCUCCGCUCUGUGUCUCUUCAUGGUAACCCCUGGGUGUGUGACUGUGGCAUCCUCUACCUGCGAGCCUGGCUGCUGCGUCAGCCCAACGACCUCACAUCACACCUGGGCGUCAACUGCAGCUCCCCUCCCAGCUUGAGAGGGCGACUGGUGGUGUAUUUAACUGAGGAGGAGGUGCUGGAGUCCUGCUACUACUGGUACUGUGACCUGGCUUUGGCCUCCCAGGUGUGUCUGUUUGUGUUUGUGGUGGUGCAGGCGGCUCUGCUCGUGGCCCUCAUCGUGUUCCUGAGGAGAUUCGAUAGGUUGUCCAAAGAGGCGAGGAGAACCACAGAGGAGAGCUUAACAGCCGGGGAGGAUCCGAGGGAGAACGAGUACUCACUUUUGAAGGACAGCAGCAUCUGAGCAUGUUGAAAUGUCUUUUUUACAACUCCCCUCCUUUUCUCAGUCUUAUUAUUUUUUCUUCAUGUGUUAUCAUGUGGGGAAAACGUUUCCUGUCUUCAUGUGAAAUAUUCGACUCAUAUAUAAUGAUAUCAAGAAUAACAUUUGGUUAAUAAAAUGUUGUGACUAAAAGUUGUACAUUUCAAAGUGUGAAAUGUUCAACCGUUUUCUCUCUAGUGAACAAACUAUGUAAUAAAAUGUCUACAUCAUCAUAGAUAUUUCACAUUUAAGAACUGACUUGUUAUUAACCAGUUAAAAAUGUUCUUUAGCUCCUAUGAAAUUUGAAUAUAUAGCCAGUCAUCAAGUCGUGCCUUUGACUAUUUUGGGGCUUUUUCAUUCACCCUCUGUUCUUUGACCUGCAGGUAAAGCUCCUAAUCAAGACUUUCAGUUGCUUUAAUAAUGGAUGUGCGAGGAACUAAAAUAAUAAUUAAAGACUGAUUAGGAAAUGGUUAUGUCAGAUUUAGUAAUUUGAAAUGUUCUAUUAAUCUAUUGUGUAAUUUCUUCAUUAUAAAAAUCACACAUUAUAUUGACUGUACCAUGUUUAGACU